UGUGUUUAUCAACCUUAUAAAUAUAUCAGAAUAAAGGUAUAAUAAGAGAUGGGUCCAAAUCAAAAGGAGUCGGUUGGUCUUCAGCCUCCAAAUGAAUGGAAACUUGAACAAGGACUAGAUCCGGCUCAGCUUGGUUUAAGGAACCAGAGCAAUUUGGUGAUCCAUACGGAGUCGCAACCUGUUACGGCGACAAAUUCAGCGGAACUUCGUCCAGAUGCCGACGACGAUGAUCCAGCAUUUGUUGUUGGGGAGGAGAGAAAAGGUUGGAAAGGCUAUGUAGAGUGGGAAGAAUACCCAGAAAAAAAGGCCAAGGCACGCAAGAGGUUUUCACGCCAUAAAUUCCCCCCGCCUCCCGAAUUCCAACUUGGGCCAGUCCCAGCUACAAACCCGGUGCUUGAAGGGGUUCGUUGGAAGCUUUGGCAUAAAGCUAUUGGUGGUGCCCUCAGCAAUGUACCUGAGGAUAGCUGGAAGACAGUGCUGGAGGAAAAACACCCGGGCAUGCUCCAUCUGCUCCAAUUCCCUUACAAUGGUGAGCCGCCCAAAGGUCUGCUCACCAAAGAAGCCAUAACUCCAAACGAUCUUCAUUUUGUUCGCAACCAUGGUGGAAUACCAGACAUUGACCCAGUGGAAUUUGACCUUCGGCUUGAUGGCUUGGUGAAUGAGCCUAGAGUACUCACUCUAGACGAUCUAAAAAAUGAAGCUCUGUUCCCACGCACAUCCAUGCUCGUCACUAUUCAGUGUAGUGGUACGAGACGCGUUGAGCAGAUUGGUGAAUAUGCCGGUGAAGGUGACGAGAUGAUCAACGCCCCAUGGGCAGAAGGAGCAAUUGGUACAGCAAAAUGGACUGGCGUCAGCCUCAAGAAGAUCAUCAAAUAUUGUGGGGGUCUGAAGGGUGAUGCUAAACAUCUUGAGUUAUAUGGAGCAGAAACAUAUUUCAAGGGCGGAGAUUGCAUGAAUUAUGUGGUUUCUGUCCCUUGGUCAAAGGUCAAGGCAAACGAAGUCCUCCUUGCAUGGGAGAUGAAUGAUAAGCCCUUGCCUAAGAUUCAUGGGUUCCCAUUGAGGGCAGUGGUCAUGGGCUACAUUGGUGCGAGAAGUGUCAAAUGGCUCUACCGCGUCAAAGCAAUCGAGAAUCCAAGUCGUGCCCCUGUACAGAGCAGAGAAUACCUGUACUUCCAACAGCAAUACGGAAAACAUAAUCAACUGCCCACAUUGGGGAUCCAGAUUCAGGAGAUGCCAGUUAGUAGCGCCAUCAUGAGCCCUUGGCACAAAGAAAUUGUGGUACACAAUGGUCAUAUUGAAGUCACAGGCUGGGCCUAUUCUGGUGGCGGUCGCUGGCCAGAGCGCGUCGAGGUCUCCUCGGAUGGCGGUUGGGCCUGGUAUGCUGUCCCGAUCGAAAAUCUGUCGCCAAAGCACAAAUAUGCUUGGAGAACUUGGUCUGCUUCUAUUCCUUGCGACCAUGAAGGGUGGACAGAACUCGUUGUCCGCUGCUGGGAUAACAGUCUUAACACCCAACCCAUGAACGUGCGCCACAGCUGGAAUUGGGGGCUGCAUGUUACUAGCAGCUGCCACAGAGUGAAAAUUUACAGUGUCAACGCAAGCCGACCUGAGACAAAGAAGAGGCUGGAACAAUUUGAACAACAUGGAGAAAACUUUCUACCGAUUACACGGCCAACGGAGUUUAAGUACAUGAGUGCCGAGGAGUAUGAAAAGGCAUGGUCUACUAUGGAACCACGAGAUGUGGACAAUUGAUAGCGAAACGUAUACAAAUCGAGAAUAUGAAGUAUGUUACAUUUCCCCC